ACAAGACACUCUACUCAACAAGCUUACAAAUAUUAUGCCCAAAUUUCACUGCAAAUUUAUGAAAAAAUCAUUAAAAAAAUAGAGCUAUCUAUUUUCUUUAAUCUAUUAUUUUGUUCGUAAAUAAAAUCGAGCAUUUAGGAGAAUAUAGAAUUUGUAGCGAAGUUUUGUUUUUUAAUUUGUGAAAUUUGUAUGCUCUGCGGCGAUGCCUACGCCGGUUACUGUAGCCAGGCAAUGCCUAACGCCGGAGGCAGCAAACGCUUUGGACGAGGCCGUGGCGGUCGCGCGCCGAAGAGGCCACGGCCAAACGACGUCACUGCACGCCAUAUCCGCUCUACUCUCCAUCCCGUCCUCCGCGCUACGUGACGCCUGCGCGCGCGCCCGAAACUCCGCCUACUCGCCCCGACUGCAAUUCAAGGCUCUGGAGCUCUGCCUCAGCGUCUCCCUCGACAGGGUCUCCUCGACCCAACUCGCCGACGACCCGCCCGUUUCGAACUCGCUCAUGGCCGCCAUCAAACGGUCCCAAGCCAACCAGCGGAGGCAGCCCGAAAAUUACCACCUAUACCACCAGCUCUCGCAGCAGUCCUCGAUCUCCGCCAUUAAAGUGGAGCUCCAGCACCUGAUUCUGUCGAUUCUCGACGACCCUGUCGUCAGUCGGGUCUUCGCUGAAGCGGGGUUUCGGAGCUCGGAAAUAAAGCUUGCAAUUUUACGCCCUUUUCCUCAGAUUCUCAGAUACCCGCGCUCCAGAGGCCACCAUCCUCUGUUUCUCUGCAACUUAGCCGAGUACCCAGAUCCCGGUCGCCCGACCCGAACCGUUUUAACUGACGGGGACGAGAAUUCGAGGAGAAUAGGAGAGGUUGUCGGGAGAAACAGAGUGCGGAAUCCUCUGCUUGUGGGCAUAUUCGCUCACGACGCCCUCAAGAGCUUCGUGGAGUCUCUGGAGAAAAGAGACGGCGGCGUUUUGCCGGCGGACCUGUCUGGGUUGUCUGUAAUUUCAGUGGAAAACGAUGUCUCAAAGUUUAUCACCGCGGAUAGCGACGAAGGGUCGGUGAAUUUGAGGUUCGGGGAGGUGGGUCGGGUCGCAGAGCAGAGUUUGGGGCCUGGGAUUGUUCUGAACAUUGGGGACUUGAAGGCGUUUGUGGCUGAGAACGCGGUGGCUGACUCAGUGAGUCACGUGGUGACCGAGUUGACAAGGCUGCUGGAACUUCAGCGCGGGAAAAUUUGGUUGAUUGGUGCAACGGCUAGCUAUGGAAGUUACUUAAAGUUCGUGGAGAGGUUUCCAUCUGUGGAAAAAGACUGGGACUUGCAGCUUCUGCCCAUCAAUUCUCUCAGAGGUGCUUCCAUGGCUGAAUCAUAUCCCAGGUCCAGCUUGAUGGAGUCGUUUGUUCCAUUUGGUGGAUUGUUUUCAGCACCUUCUGAGCUAAAGCUCCCAAUAAGUUGCUCGUAUCAAUGGUUUCCCCGCAAUCAUCAGGGCAAUGAAAAAAGUGAGCAAGAAGCGUAUUCUGUUCCGAUGGGAGGUAUUACAGCUUCAGUGGCAGGUCAGCCCCCAGCUAGUUUGCCUUCUUGGUUGCAGAUGGCUCCUCUUGGCACAAACAAGGGAUUGGAUAUGAAGACCAAAGACGAUGGUGUGUUAUUGAGUGCCAAAGUUUCAGGAUUGCAAAAGAAAUGGGAUGAUAAAUGCCAACAUCUUCAUGACUCUCGUCCCCUGCCCGAAGCAAACUUCUUUCCAACUAUAGUAGGAUUUCAGUCUCCUGAAGACAAGAGGUGCAAUCACGACAACACCAUCAAUAUAUCUUCACGUAAAAUUGAGUGCAAGAAUGCAGACUCAUGCAUGGCCGCAGAUGUGCAAACACAAUCAAGCCUUCCUCCAAAGGCUAAGAAUGACAGUUUCUCUUCCGAAGUCUGGGAAAAAACUUCAAAAGAUGAAGAUCUUGAGUCGGCUGGCCUCAGGUCACCCUGCUUGUCCAACUCUAGUGUGGUUGAUGGAACAUCUGCCACAUCAACCACUUCCGUCACCACAGAUUUAGGGUUAGGAAUAUGCUCUUCUCCUGCUAGUAAUACACCGAAUAAACCGCCAGAUCUGAAUCAAGCACUUCAACAGGACAUCUCGGGUUGCUUUUCCUCUAAUAUUGAUUUAGUCAAUGGGAAUCUCUAUUAUACUCGAUCAUCAUCUUGCUCGAAUCCUGACAACCAUGGGCAGUUUGAUCCAAGUGAUGUCAAGAUGCUUUUUAGAGCUCUCUUUGAAAGGGUUGGCUGGCAAACUGAUGCUGUAAGUGUAAUUAGCAAAAGGAUAGCUAACUGCCGAUCUAGAAGUGAAAAAUUCUGUGGAGCAAGUAACAGAAGGGAUGUAUGGUUCAACUUUACAGGACCUGAUAGGUAUGGUAAAAAGAAAAUUGCCAUUGCCCUUGCUGAGGUCUUAUACGGAAACCAGGAACAAUUGAUCUGUGCGGAUCUAAAUUCUCAGGAUAGAAUGAUCCCUUCAGACACAAAUCUUGAUUGUCCAGUGGUGAAUGGUUAUGACGUCAGGUUUAGAGGUAAGACAGUUAUUGAUUAUGUUGCCGGAGAAUUGUGCAAGAAACCCUUGUCCAUUGUCUUCUUAGAAAAUGUAGACAAGGCUGAUGUGGUGACUCAAAAUUGUUUGUCCCAGGCUUUAUUGACUGGUAAAUUUUCCGAUUCCCAUGGAAGACAAGUAAGCACCAAUAAUGCGAUAUUUGUUACAACUUCGACUUUCUCAAAGGGAUGCAAUAUUCUUACUUCCACGAAGAGACCCUCCCACUAUUCCGAGGAAAGAAUCUUACAAGCGAAAGAGCAGCCUGUGCAGAUUAUUAUUGAAUGCGACUCUGAAGGCAACAACAAAAGCAAAAACUGGAAGGCAUCCACGAAUCAACAUUUUCUAAAUAAAAGGAAACUGGUUGGUGUCAAUGAACCUCUAGAGCAGCAUGAAGUCUCAGAGAUGCCCAAACGGGCUAACAAGACGUCAACUAGGUAUCUGGAUCUCAACCUUCCAUCUGAAGAAAAUGCAGUGGAAAACACAGACGAUGGGACCUAUGAAAACGACUGGCUAUCUGAAAACUCCAAGUCCUGGUUGCAUGACUUCCUUGAUCAGGUGGACGAAACAGUGGUAUUCAAGCCCGUUGAUUUUGACACACUUGCUGAGAAGAUAUCAAAGGAAAUCAAGAGUAGCUUCCACAAGUUUGUCGACUCAGAGUGCCCGCUAGAAAUCGAUCCAGAAGUCGUGGAACAACUACUUGCAGCUCUAUAUUUGUCAAACAGGUCUUGGGUGGUGGAAGAUUGGGUGGAGCAAGUACUCAGCAGGGCAUUUGCAGAAGUUAAGAAGCGACAUAACUCGAACAGAAUCACUACCGUAAAACUUAAAACUUGCGAGGGGAUUUGGUUGGAACGUCAAGCACCGCAAACUUAUGUUCUCCCUAGCAUUGUACUAAAAUGACUGCCAAGAAAUGUGUAGUAUUGGAAAUUUGUAAGUAGAUGUACAAGGAAGGUAGCAUAUGUAGCUUUGUUGUAAGCCUUGUUUAGCCUUUUGCUGCAGUUAUUUUUAGGCCAGUCUGUGCAAGUCUCGUAAUCCCAUAUGGUUUUGGUGGGCUUUUGUUCGAGCAUCAUAUAUAAUGUGUAGCAAGUGUGUUUGUAA